AUGGCUAGCAAAGACAAGGAAAAAAGGCAACCAACUAGACAAAAUAGAAUUUGGUCAAAAGAAGAAGAAGGCAAGUUAAUUGAAGGAUUAAUGAUGCUAGUUCAUAUUAGGAUGUGGAGAUCAGACAAUGGGACCUUCAAGUCAGGGUACUUGAAUCAGUUAGAGAGGUUCAUGGAAACGAACCUCCCUGGAUGUGGAUUGAAAGCAAACCCACACAUUGAGUCUAGAGUGAAACAUAUGAAGAGACAGUAUGCAGCCAUUUGUGAGAUGCUCAGCCCUAGUUGCUCAGGGUUUGGAUGGGAUGAUGUAAAAAAGUGUAUCACUUGUAAAGACGAGGUCUUCAAUGGUUGGGUUAAGAGCCAUCCACAUGCUAAGGGGUUAAGAAACAAGCCUUUCCCAUUUUUUGAUGGCCUUUCCAUUAUAUUUGGGAGAGAUAGAGCAACUGGGGAGAGUGUAGAGGCUCCUGCUGAUGCUGCAGAAAAUGUGGAAAGGGAGGAGUAUAACAACCCGCCUAUAGUGGGUGAAUCAAUCAAUGGUGCUUCAUCAGCCCCUCAUCCUCAUAGAGCAAGUAAGAGAUCAAGAAGCAACACAGAUGAUGAUCCCGUGGCUAGGGCUCUUGUAGAUGAGUUGUCUAGGGUGGGACAACACUUUUCCGUGGUAAGGGAAAUAAUAUCUCAAGUGGCAGAUGCUCUUAUUGACAAAGAGGGUAGAGAGAUGAGGAUGAGGGUGUUUGACGAGUUAAUGAAGGUCACUAGUUUAAGCAUGAAUGCAAGGAUGAAGGUAAAGAAUAAUCUUGCAGCUUUGCUGAUGGAGUGGGAUCGAUCAAAGGUUUGCAUUCCUUUUUAUAUUCAUGCUUCCAAUGUUUGA